AUGCCUCUGAAAAGCCCUGAGAACAGUUCUGACAGCCCUGAGAUCCCUCAGUCACGAGUGGUAACACGUACCUGCGCUUAUUCAAAUUUCAAUAGUACAUGGAUUACGAAAUCAAUUAGAAUCGACACGGCUGAACGUACAGGGUUCAUUCCUUUUGAGACAGUCUCAGAUUGGGCCAAAGUAGGGUUAAUUCCUUUUGAGACAGUCUCAGAUUGGGCCAAAGAAGGGUUGAUUCCUUUUGAGACAGUCUCAGAAUGGGCCAAAGUAGGGUUGAUUCCUUUUGAGACAAUCUCAGAAUGGGCCAAGCCUGAGAUCCCUCAGGCACGAGUGGUAACAUGUACUGCGCUUAUUCAAAUUUCAAUAGUACAUGGAUUACGAAAUCAAUUAGAAUCGACACGGCUGAACGUACAGGGGUUGAUUCCUUUUGAGACAGUCUCAGAAUGGGCAAAAGUAGGGUUGAUUCCUUUUGAGACAGUCUCAGAUUGGGCCAAAGUAGGGUUGAUUCCUUUUGAGACAGUCUCAGAUUGGGCCAAAGUAGGUGCCUGA